AUGGACGCGCAUAGUUCUUCCGCUGGGUCCGCCACCGCAGGCGACGACUUGAAGCUCAAGAACCGCCUGAAUGAGAGCCGCAGCCCCUAUGUUCGGGGCCACAUGAACAACCCGGUCGCAUGGCAGAUGUGGGGACCAGAGGCAAUUGAGCUGGCGAAGAAGUCGAACAGGCUGAUCUUCAUCAGCAUAGGCUAUGCUGCAUGUCAUUGGUGUCACGUCAUGGAGCGCGAGUCGUUCGAGAAUGAAGAGGUCGCGAAGCUGCUGAACGAGAACUUCAUACCCAUAAAGAUCGAUCGCGAAGAGCGCCCGGAUGUUGAUCGCAUAUACAUGAACUAUGUUCAGGCAACAACAGGCUCAGGAGGGUGGCCGCUGAACGCCUUCAUCACACCAGAUCUGGAACCGAUAUUCGGCGGGACGUAUUGGCCCGGUCCAGGGUCCACGAUGGCGAUGGGAGAGCACGUUGGCUUUGUUGGCAUACUCAAGAAGAUUCGCGAUGUGUGGAGGGAUCAGCGACAGAGGUGUCUGGACUCGGCGAAGGAAAUCACAGCGCAACUGCGAGACUUUGCGGAGGACGGCAACAUCAGCAGGAAAGAUGGCGCAGCUCACGAAGGUCUUGACCUAGAUCUUCUGGAUGAAGCAUUUGAGCAUUUCAAGAAGCGAUACGAUGCGAAGCACGCAGGCUUUGGCAGCGCACCCAAGUUCCCCACGCCUUCGAACCUCCAAUUCCUCCUCAAGCUAUCAGAAUAUCCGAACGCGGUCAGGGAAGUGCUUGGAGCAAAGGACUGCACACAUGCGAAAGACAUGGUACUGGCGACACUAGACGCGAUGAACAAGGGCGGCAUACACGAUCAAAUCGGAAAUGGCUUUGCGCGAUACUCUGUCACGAAGGAUUGGAGCCUACCGCAUUUUGAGAAGAUGUUGUACGAUCAGACGCAACUCCUACCCGUAUACCUCGACGCAUAUCUCAUGACCAAGAGUUCUGAACAUCUGUCCGCGGUCCACGAUAUCGCGACGUAUCUUACCAGCCCGCCGAUGCACGCUGAGAGUGGAGGCUUCUUCUCGUCAGAGGACGCUGACUCAUUAUACCGGCCAAACGACAAGGAGAGGCGGGAGGGUGCCUUCUACGUAUGGACACUGAAGGAGUUCCAAGAUAUACUAGGCGACCGAGACGCAGAGAUUCUUGCGAGAUACUACAAUGUCAAGGAUGAGGGCAAUGUCGAGCCCGAACACGAUGCGCAUGACGAGCUGAUCAACCAGAACGUACUAGCUAUCACCGCAACACCAGCAGACCUGUCAAAACAGUUUGGUCUGUCGGAGGACGAAGUCAGCAAGAUACUGACAGAAGGCCGGCAAAAGCUCCUCGAGCACCGCAACAAAGAGCGACCACGGCCAGGGCUAGAUGACAAGAUCGUAGUAUCCUGGAACGGUCUCGCCAUCGGUGCCCUCGCACGAACAUCCGCCGCCCUCUCAUCACAAGAUCCCACACGCUCAAAACAGUACCUAGCCGCCGCCGAAAAAGCCGCCUCUUUCCUACAAAAAGAGCUCUACAACCCCUCCACCAAAACCCUCAUCCGCGUCUACCGCGAAGGCCGCGGCGACGCCCCCGGCUUCGCCGACGACUACGCCUACCUGAUCUCUGGCCUCAUCUCCCUCUACGAAGCCACCUUCAACGACAGCUACCUCCAAUGGGCUGACGACCUCCAACAAACGCAACUCAAAAUGUUCUGGGACAAACAACACCUCGGUUUCUUCUCCACACCUGAAAACCAGCAAGACCUCAUCAUGCGGCUGAAAGAUGGCAUGGAUAACGCUGAACCAGGCACGAAUGGCGUGUCAGCGCAGAAUCUAGACCGUCUGGGUGCGUUGCUGGAAGACGAGGAGUAUACCAAGAAAGCACGGGAUACGGCGUCUGCUUUCGAAGCGGAGAUUAUGCAACACCCCUUCCUUUUCCCGAGCAUGAUGGAUGCAGUCGUUGUUGGUAAACUUGGCAUCAGACAUAGUGUUAUCACGGGUGAAGGUCAAAGGGUGGAUGAGUGGCUGCAGAGGUAUCGGGAGCGGCCGGCUGGUCUUGGUACUGUUAGUAGAGUGGGAAAGGGCAUGGGUGAGUGGUUGAGUCAGCGGAACGCGCUUGUUAAGAGCAUGGAUAAGGCGAGUGAGGGUGUCAUGGUAUGUGAGGGUGGCGCGUGUAGAGAUGCGCUGAGUAUGGAUAUGGGGAGUGUGGGAGAUGCAGUGCCGAAGGUGUAG